AUGCAUUUCGAGCGCGUAGUUGUCCUCACGCUCUUCAGCUAUGUUACCGCCCUCCCCAGUCACAUCAAUCUAGGCGUCGCCUUGCGAGCUUGUGAUGCUGAGGCCUGCGAUAUGGAAUGUAGAAUGGCAGGCAGUAGUGGAGGCAAUUGUGGAGGCAAUCCAGCUCUAAAUCUUCUUGGGCUUCCUUUACUUAGCACAAACACGCCCAAUUGCACUUGUUCCUGGAGCUAUUCUUCAAGUGCAGUCCCAGUCACAGUUAUAGCAACGGAGACCGUCACCGACGUAGAACCGUCCACGACUACGGAGACUACCACCGACACGGAAUCUGCCACAGCUAUGGAGACUACUACUGACACAGAGUCUUUUACGGCGACACAAACUACAACUGACGUACAGUCUACCACAGCUAUAGAGACGGUCACGGACACGCAGUCGUUGACAGCCACUAAAAGUGUUGCCGGAACGCAGCCUACAACAGCUACGCAAACAGUCACCGACACACACUCUUAUACAGUGACGCAGACUGCUACUGACACAAAAUAUAAAACACAAACCAUCGACAACACCAUCACAGCCACUGCAUCAUCUACAGCCACCCAGACUACCACUGAUACAGGGUCCAUAACAACUACCCAAAACAUCACAGAUACGCAAACUAUGCACCACACAGAGUCCGUCACGGCUACAGAGACCAUAACCGAUACGGCAUCUGUCACAGCCAAACCCACACCAACCACUGUAACGGACACGCAAAUAUCCACAACGACUGCCACCCAAACCGCUACCCCUACUCCAGAAGUUGGGGCCUGCUUCUGCUGCACUGAGCAGGUCCGACUGCCGUAUGAACUGAAUGGCAAUUGCGACAAUAUCCCAGUCUUGAAUUCGACCGACGGUUGCCCAUCCGGCGACGAUCCGAAGCGGAACCACUUGCUUUGUUGCGACUCGAGUGGAUAUUGUACCCAGAUGUCCUAG